UUUUUGUCAAAAUAAUAAUCAGCUUAAUCGAACGUUGAAGCUCGCGGUUGCCGGUGAAGUAGAAAGCGAAGCUCUCAGCCUCUCACGAUGACAAUCACACCGCAACUCGUCGGAAUCCCCAAAAUGUCGUCGCUCCCGGAGGAACUGUGGAGGCGAAUUCUCGAAAUCGGUGUCGAAAGCAGCGGUUUCACCUACAAGGACCUCUGCUGUAUCUCCAUCUCUUGCCGCCGCUUCCACCGCCUCUCUUCCGAUGACUCCCUCUGGAACCCCCUUCUCUCCUCCGAUUUCCCUUCCCUUACACCCCCAUCUUCUUCUUCUACUUCUCCUUCUGCUAAAUCACUCUAUAAAUUGAGAUUCGAGAGAGACAAGGAGAGAAGAAUAGCAGCUCAUAAGAGAGUUGUGCUGAGAAAGGAGAGCCAGGUUGCCGAACAUUCUAGAAAGCUCCGCAAUAUUCAGACACGGGUGGCUGAAGAGUCCAUCAAAGCUGGAGAAACUGCAGUAGAGUUGUCCAGUUUGCGUAGGAUCAGACAAGCCUCUGUAGCUUUGAACGUGUGGCAACCUGAGGUAGUCCGGGGUAGGCAAAAACAGAUGGUGGAGCAGUGUGCUGUGCCUGCGGAAUCUCGGAUUCAUGCACUUGAGAUGGAACUUAGGCUUUGUAAGCAACAAAUAAUGGGGCUGGAGAAGUACCAUAAAGAUGAGAAGCGCAGGCUUAAUAUUGCAAAGGAAGAGUUAGAGUCUAUGAAGUAUCAUCCUCUACAGGAACAUAAGCCUGUCAGUGGAAGGGAGAAUGAGCAUAACGUCACGCGGAAGAAGUCAAAAAGCUGCAAUAGCUUACAAGAGAAAAAAUACAAAACGUCGUAGAUGGAUAUGCAUCUUGCAACAAGUACAUAGUGAUCUCAUUCCCAAGAGGGAGAUGUCGCGUUGGAUGAAAAGUAAAAUCCUUGGGAGUCGAAUUUUGCUGAAUUUUCAUUAAAACUGGGAAGUUGUUCCUUCCCUGAAGACUGACUAUCCAAAUCCUCUGAUCAUUGCAUUUGGUGGAUAUAAUGUAAUAGCAAUACGGAAUUGAGAACCUGUGGAACUAGGAAAAAAAAGGGUCUUGGAAUCAUAAUGUGUAGCUUGAGAGUUCACAUGGCUACUAUGAGCCUGUUGGAUUCGGACUUGUUGGAGUUUAUCUACUAGAAAAUGCACUAAAUAAGCUCCAAUUAGUGCUCUUUGAUGCUCAUCCAAACGGGUAUUAGGUCCAUCUUGUGACAUGUGGGCUUCAUGGAAACCCGUUGAGCUGGAUGGAAGCAGGAUCAUAAGAGGGAGCACAAUCAUUAAAAUUUUCUGUUCUACUGGUUGUUGAUGUUCUUCUGCUUCUGUUUGUAUCUUUUUUGCUUAGUUGUAUUACUGUCUUCACAUAACUGUGUUACAAAGUUUUGGUUA